UCGUGUGUUUGAAUCGGUCCGAUUCCUGUUCAAAACACACAGUAGCAAUGUCUUCAACAUAUUGAGUUAAAUCAUAGGGAAAAUACCCAAGUAGACUUUAUCAACCGGAGCGCACGGCAGACAUGAUUCAAACAUUAAACGGCUUAUGAGAGCAAAGGCACAUAAGUUUCCAGAAAGCUUAAUUAGUCUUAUUAAUAUUUACUUUGAAUGUUAAAGAAUAAGGACAGUCACCCUAUGAAACCGCUGGUAAACUUGGACCGGUGCUGCAGAUGGGCGGCAUAGGCAGGGAUUUUUAUCUCAAUAUGUUGAAUGGAACAGACGCGCAAAGUUUCGGCAAAGACGCAGAUUUUAACAGCCACCUGCACCGAAACCGGGAGUUAACGGACUUUAAGAUGGGCAUUCAAGACACGAGGUUUUAUUAUCAGGACUCGAUUCAUAACGGACAGGACAAUUUAUCUUUGCCGUUUCACCCUGACCACCACCAAAGUCUCUCCACCGGAUUCGGAGCGCAGACGGGGAGGUUUUACGCACCGGCUGCUCUCGGCAGCUGUCACUUCAACACCCGGAGCGGGACGGGACAGACUUAUGUUCCGACCGGAGCGGAUGCAUAUUCAACGAACGGUAAAGACGUUUACCCGAGCAGCGCAGACGGUUACCCGGCGCCUUUUCAGCACGGGUACCCACGAACACCCAUGUUCUCUAUACCUGGUCUACAGGUGUCGGGGAAGACACAAGUGCUUCUAAACAACUAUCCGCUAUGGGCAAAGUUCCAUAAAUAUCAAACUGAGAUGAUCAUAACGAAACAGGGACGGAGGAUGUUCCCCUUCCUCAGCUUCAACAUCAACUCAUUGGACCCUACGGCUCAUUACAACAUAUAUGUCGAUGUGAUUCUCGCUGACCAGCACCACUGGAGGUACCAAGGGGGCAAAUGGGUUCAGUGCGGAAAAGCAGAAGGAAACAUGCCAGGAAACAGAAUGUACAUGCACCCAGACUCUCCCAACAUUGGGAAUCACUGGAUGAGACAGGAAGUUUCCUUUGGCAAACUGAAACUCACCAAUAACAAAGGCAGCUCGAACAAUGUAGCACAGAUGAUCGUGCUCCAGUCACUUCACAAGUAUCAACCGCGUCUACACAUUGUGGAGGUGAAGGAGGACGGUACGGAAGAUCCCUUCCUGACCUCAAAAGCUCAGACGUUUGUGUUUCCAGAGACCCAGUUCAUCGCCGUCACCGCCUAUCAGAAUGCAGAUAUCACUCAGCUGAAAAUAGAUCACAACCCUUUCGCUAAAGGUUUCCGGGACAAUUAUGACACGUUGUACGCACCACCUGACUCCGACCGCCUUACGCCAUCCCCAACCGAGGGUCAGCAGCUCCUCCCAGGCACCUGUUUCCCCCAUCAGCCCUACCUCUCUGACCAGUACAUGAGCACCGUCCCUCAGAGUCGGUUCUACGGUCGUGAGCCGGUCAGCAUGGCCCAGCAAUGCCCCAAAGACCCCGUUGCAAGCCCUCACAGCCGCUGGUACCUGCCCAGCCAGCAGGGGGUCCCGCCCAAUUUUAACAUGUACGAUGGCGAAUACGCUUCAAACAGUCUCUACAAACCCUUCCCUAUUCAGACUACCUCCCACCACCCGCUGAGCUACUACUCCGAAAGCCCCUUUGCCUCCGGUCCGGUGUCUGGUGCCAGCCCGGGGGCUUGGAGUUCGGGAAGGCCCUCGCCGCAGUACCUCAACCAUUCCCAUCAUGGGAAACCUGGGUCCAGUCUCAACUGGCUUCGAACCAUCUCCACUCCAUCCUCAACGUCCUCUCCAUCGGCAACAAACUCCCGUUUCCAUCCUUCCCCGUCAUUACUGGAGCCCCAGCAUCAGCCCUUGCUCCAAGACAAGUGCAAAGAGUCCGGGGAGGACCCUUGGAUGGAAGCCCCUUCGGUGAAAUCUGUGGACUCGGGUGACUCGGGUCUGUUCGAAGGAGGAGAGAGCAAGAAGAGACGGGUAUCGCCGUACACAUCCAGCACUGAGAAUUCCCCUCCAAACCGAGGCGUGGAGGCAUGCGAGAAGGAUAACUGCAGUGACGCGGGCUACUAUGGCUUCUACACUCACUGAAAAACAGAUUUUCGUGAAAAGCGAGGAAUACAGCCAAUUCGAUUUUUGAAAGCACAAAUGAAAUUUUAUUGAUGCAAAACAUGAAAUAGGUUUUGGUCUCAUAAUGGAGACCAAGGCACCAUCCGAUUCACAGCAUUUUGACAAUGUGAAGAGACUCUAACUGGUUCUCUGUAUAGUGCCAGACAUUACAAUCAUCUCUGCUUCAUGUUUGGUGGCCCCUUUGUGCUUUGUGUGUCAAGUGUUAGUUGUCUGGGGGUAAGGUCACGUGGAGGUGUUCUGAAGGUCACCGUAAGAGCCGAGACGAUGUGACUGCAUUGAGACACUUGCCUGAAGACACACACAGACAGACCUGUUCGACUUCAGACGCUCAAGCAGCUAAAGAUUUCACACCACACCUGCUGACACUCCCCCAAAGGAACUGUCUCGUCCCCCUCAUCAAACGCAGACACGUAAACACCUCGCUAAACCCACGCAUCACUCUUUCACAAGGACACACAAACAUACGAUCAAAUAGUUUUCGCCACAUUUCUCAUAUGUCCUUAAAGCGACCGUUCACCCCAAAAAUGAAGAUUCCAAUGUAGUCAGUGUUAUGUCGUUCAAAAUCCUUGUGACUGACUUUCAUAUAUUUACCCAGAAUGUCCAAACUGCAGCUAUAAAAUAAAAGUGGAUGGGGACUA